GACAGGAGAAGAAGAUAACAACAAAGCAGUUGGUCCAAUAAAAGAUACCACCCACACACAUCCUUGACUCUGACAUGGAAAUAGUUUUCACAUUAAAAGAGAACAACAAUGGCAGACUUAGAAGCCGGACUGCAGUCAGGGGAAGAUGUAGCAGAUGCAAAAUCUUUCAUUGGCUCUAAACAGUACACUGUUGAAGUAGAUGCACUUCCUGGAAAGAACCCACCUGCUGGUAAAUCCAUGGACUCUGAAAUACUGCCAGAUGACCGUUACAGAAUGGAUUAUCCAGAGAUGGGGAUGUGUGUAAUAGUAAAUAAUAAGAACUUCCAUCAAGACACUGGAAUGGCAUUCCGAUCCGGUACAGAUGCAGAUGCUGCACUUAUCAGAGAAACUUUUAUAACUUUAGGUUACAAAGUCAAGCUUAACAAUGAUCUUAAAUGUGAGCAAAUUCUUACCCUUUUGAAAAAUGUUGCUAAAGAAGAUCACAGCAAGCAGAGCAGUUUUGUUUGUGUGUUGUUAAGUCAUGGUGAAGAGGGAGUGAUCUUUGGUACAGAUGGUCCUCUUGAGCUGAAAAUGUUAACAGGACUCUUCAAAGGUCAAAGUUGCAAGACUCUAGUUGGAAAGCCAAAACUCUUCUUUAUUCAGGCUUGUAGAGGGACAGAUUUGGAUCCUGGCAUUGAGACAGACAGUGGACCAGAGGAAAGAAUGUGUCAGAGAAUACCUAUAGAAGCAGACUUUUUAUAUGCAUAUUCUACUGCUCCUGGCUAUUACUCCUGGAGAAACUCAGCUGUGGGCUCCUGGUUUAUUCAGUCACUAUGUACAAUGCUGAAACAGCAUGCAAAGAAUCUUGAGCUUAUGCAGAUCUUAACACGUGUAAAUCGCAAGGUGGCAGAGUUUAGCUCGUGUUCAAAUCGAACAGAGUUUGAUUCAAAGAAGCAAAUUCCCUGUAUUGUGUCCAUGCUUACCAAAGAUGUGUACUUUCCUCACUGAAGACAGGCACCUUUAUUUGUAUUUGUAAUUUAUGGAUAGAAUACCAGUAAUUUAUGCAUUGAAUACCAGUUACAAAUCUGAGUUACCGUUCACUACUGUAUGUAAGUAGCCUAGAUGAAAUUAAGACUAUUUAACAUUAAAUUUGUGCAGUAUUGAAGAGGUUAACAUGAUGUUACCACUAGCUGAAAUAAGGACAAGUUUGAAAGUAGUGGUUCCUGAAAAAUUAGGAGGAGACGGAUUGAAUUGCAUAUUCUCCUUUUUAGAUGCAUCAUUUCAUUCUGGCUGGAAUAGGAAGUCAUGAAACUUUAGGCUCUCUUUUCAUCUAUGAAAUCUCAUUAGGAAGGGAUUCAGAAAAUGGUAUGCACCAGAAUCAUUUCAUUGAUGGUGGUGAUACCACAUUAGUCUCACUACAAAUGAGUGUAUUUGAGAAGUACCAUACUUUCCUCACAUAACGCACACAUUUUCCCCUAAACCAGCUAGGGGAAAUUUGGGCGUGUAUUAUAUG